UUUAUAUUUUUUAUAUUUUUCAGCUAAGAGACGGUUCUUAUGUGUUUUAGCCGAAGUUAAGUUCUUAACUGAGGUUAACUAUAGUCUAAAAAAAUAUUUAACAGUUAAGAAAAGAUAAAAUAUUUGGGCCUACCACACUUUUCUUUAAAAGCCCAGAAAAUGUUUACAAAAAUACAGUUAGACAGGCACGUGACGGACUCGGGUGAUAAAAAGCGACGACUCCAAACUCAAACUGCAGUUAAUUGCGGGACCCACGUGUAAACAUGCAAAGGCCAAUCAAUUCUCUCUUGCAUUUAUUUCGCUUUUUUCUUGUUUGCAGAAAUGAAAAUCUCUGUUCUGCUCCUCCCUUCCUCGGUUCCUCCUAAGUUAAACUCAUCACAGCUGAUUAUUUUCUCAAUGUUCAUUUUAUAUAUAGAGUCAAUAAUUACUGAUCUUGGCGCGUUUCUAAAACGAGCAAGAGGGAAACAUGAGUCCGUGCAAAAGAAAGAAUGAGGAGGAAGCAGUUGCUGCUGACGAUGCUGUUUGUCUGAUCAGUAAAGCCCAAGAAGGAAUCUCAUUGGACAUACCACAAAGAAAGGGGAAGGAGCAGGAGUGUUCAAGAGAAGAAACGUCAAGUGGACUUGUGUAUUACCAAGACUGUAACUCAUAUGCAGAGCCUCGAGAAACAUGCAAGAGAAAGAAAGAUGCUGGGGGAAUCAUCAGUAAGACCCCGGAAAGAUCUCGGGAGACUUACAAGAAAAGACGGGUCAAGGACUCAUCAACAAACAAGAAUGGCGAAACUCUUAUGGAAAUAGACAAAACAGAUGAACCCACCAGUCUGUCACUUGUAUUAGUUCCUCCUGAGAUGAAGGAAUGUGAUGCAGAAGCAGCGGUUAUAACCACUGGAACAGCAAGUAAAGGGACUUUAGGAUCAUCCAUCGACAUUGGUGUCAAUAAAGCUGCUUACUUCUUCCAGGUUGCUUUGCCCGGUGUCUGCAAAGCUUCCGGUGAAUUCAGCUGUGAGAUUGAGUCAGAUGGAAAGGUUAUACUAGAGGGAUCAAGUACUACAGGAUGUAAUACGAUAAAGAGGCAUUCUCGGGUUUUCAAGAUGAAUAUCCGGAAGCUUUGUCUGCCUGGACCGUUCAAGCUGUCAUUUAGGCUCCCAGGACCAGUUGAUCCACGGCUAUUCUCUCCUAACUUCCGAUCAGAUGGUAUCUUUGAGGCUGUCGUCAUCAGACAGGAAAACUUAAUCUAGAACCAAAGGUCCCUUCAAGCCCGGAACGCAUUUAGAUCUCUAAUGCGGCUAUAGAAGCUAGGCCCCAAUCCAAACAUCUUGUAUGGAUGGACAUAUCUCUCACUCUUUUGGAGAUAACGCAUAUGAUAUGCUUGAUUCACUUGAGUUUUCACCCAAAUAACCUAAUUGUAAGCGUAGAGUAAUUAGUACCGUAGUAAUGGAGGAUCGAAUCCAAAAGAACUUUUAAUCACACUUAGGGAAAUUUGACAAGUUAUUAGAUAAGCCUAUAAGAGAUUUAGUUGUUGUU